AGUACUGCCAAAUAGUCACCUGGUACUGUUGGUAGGAGUUUUCCCGCACCACUGGUCCAGUCUCAUUGUUUUUAUCCUCAUGUGUAAUCUGAUCCUGGAUCUACCUCGAACUGCUGCACAAAGCACCAGUGGCUGCCCGGAUGACGUCAUAAGACUGCGUCCAGAAAUCGAAGCAAAGAGAGGUCAAAGGAAACGGAAGCCGGGCGGUUAUUAAUUACGUGGCUAUGUUCACUGCAGCUAAUUGUACAAAAACCGUCGUUGCUUCUGAUCUAAGUAGAGGACCAACGGAUAUCACCACCGUCUGUCAUGUCGUACUGUAAAGAUCGCAUCAUCUUCGUUACCAAGGAAGACCAUGAAGCACCUAGCAACGCCGAGCUCAUUGCAGAUGACCCCAAUGACCCCUACGAAGACCAGGGCCUGAUUCUGCCUAGUGGGGAGAUCAACUGGAACUGUCCAUGCCUGGGAGGGAUGGCUAGCGGGCCCUGUGGCACACAGUUCAAGGAGGCCUUCUCCUGCUUUCACUACAGCAAUGAGGAGGUGAAGGGUUCAGAGUGUAUCGACAACUUCCGCGCUAUGCAGGAGUGUAUGCAGAAGUACCCCGAGCUCUACCCACAGGAGGACGAGAACGAGGGAGUCGCCGCGGGAGGGGCAGAUGCUACUGCCGCGGGAGGGGCAGAUGCUACUGCCGCGGGAGGGGCAGAUGCUACUGCCGCGGGAGGGGCUGAUGCUACUGCCGCGGGAGGGGCUGAUGCUACUGCCGUGGGAGGGGCAGAUACCACUGCUCCUGUGCCUGCUGAGGGCUCUGCCCCCGUUGAUUCUACUUCACCUGAGCUGGCAGAGGACUCGUCCUCAGCACCAGUGGCGUCUGGUGACUCUACCCUGUCCUCCCCAACACCUGAGUCUGCCCUGUCAUCCGACAAUACACCCCCCACAGACAGCCAGGCUGCCAGCUAAAAUCACCCACUCUCCACCAUCCCACGGUCUCUCCCUGAAACCACUGCCGUGCACAGACCACUCUCUGGGGAGAUCAGCUUUGUCAACUGAUGCCUCAGACCUGUUCUCUUGGUUCAACAUUCAUCACGAGGGAGAAUUACUUUUAAAGGGGGCCUAGAACUGCAGAGGAAUUAAGUCUCCUACAGGGAAUAUGCUGUGAGAAGAGGAGGACAAUACAAAAGAAAUACACAUCUUCUUUCUUAUGCUUUUUUAUCCAGUGGUUGUUGAGCUACUGAUGUUCCUACAGUGGGGAGUUUGUAGAGGAGGACUUGUUCGCUGAAGGUGCUUAUUAUCAAGCUUCAAAUCAGAUCAUUUGUGCCAUUCUAUGUUAAUUCUACACUGGAGGUGUGUAACCUAUCAAUGUUACUGGUCAGACUAGUUUGUGAUCACUUGACUUAAUGUUAGGCUUGGGCAGUAUACCUCAUACCAGGGUAUUUGGAAAUAGUCGGGAUGUUUUUUUCAAUACUGUUAAUAGCAUUGAACAUUUAAACGAUUUAUUUUAUGUUUUUCAAUACAUUUUAAUAUUUGUUGCUAAUUUUUAAGUAAAUACCCACACAGUCAACUUGUGCAAUACUUUAGGAGAUAAAGCAGGUUGCGUUCUUCAUUUCACCGGUAGUUCUUCAUUUCACAUAGGUCCCCAGAACAGUUGAGCCAAUCACGUGGCUGUUUGUUUGUAAAUAGCACAACUGGAGAAAGCGGGAGGAGGUGAGAACAGCUGUGACGGGUCGCGUUGUAUAUUGAAUCAGAAAGUCGUGUUUUUUUGCUUCAAUAAAGUGAUCAGGGAAGUGCAACUAUAGUUUUCCUUCAGAAAAAAAUAUGUUUGUGCAACACAUUAGAUGACAAAAGUAGUGCAACGCUAUUUGGCUGGCAGUCACACAAGUAAAUGAGAUUGCAAUGAAAAAGCAAGGUAUUUUUGGAAAAAAUAAUGCAUGGCCAUCGUGUGCCUGUUUAUCAUAGAAAGAAUGUAGCCAGCUACAUUUCCUAAUGUUUUGCUUAAAGUUAAUAUUGGAGUUAAUCUUUUACCGAAGAAAAGUAGGCUGGCUACACCGAUAAAAUUAGCUUCACAUCAGUCAGAGCACUGUCUGCUGAUAUAAUGCCCAUUUGUGAAGAAGUGGAGAAGUGCAAUUGAAGCACAAAUUGAGUCUGAUGCAGAGCAGAAAUUACAUUAAGUAGCAUUUUACGUCUGCGUUUACAAAACGCUGCAAGAUAUUUAUUUUUAAAAUGUAAAUUCUGCAUUAAAUUGGCUCCCGAGUGGUGCAGCGGUCUAAGGCACUGCUUCUCAGUGCAAUAGGCGUCACUGCAGUCCCUGGUUCGAGUCCAGGCUGCACCACAUCCAGCCGUGAUUGGGAGUCCCAUAGGGUGGCGCACAAUUGGCCCAGCGUCGUCCGGGUUUGGCCGUCAUUGUAAAUAAACAUUUGUUCUUAACUAACGUGCCUCGUUAAAUAAAGGUAACAUUUUUCAAAUGAAAGUGACCCCUAAAUUUAACUUGCUAGUUAAUCUAAGUAAAUUGCUGAAUUAAUCAAGUGGAGGCAUCAUAUCGUGUUAGCUUUCUGCCGUGUUCUCCCAUCUUCUCAGAGCAAGCAAGCCAGUUGCCCUAGCGACUCCAGACUCCACACAGGCACAAUGUGUAGUCUACACAUGCUGCUUCAGAGCCAGUACUGUUCUUCCUUCAGACAAGCAUGCAUCAGAACUUUGCACAGUGUCUCACGUUCACAUUCACUUGUAAAUGUCCAAACUCACCAAAAAUAACAUUUUGUAGCUCCUAACUAUAUAUGUAUAACUUUAUGAGCUGGAUUGUCUGUUUUUGCAAUUCCUUUAUUUUCGUUGGCGCCCGUUAGCAUACUUAGUCAGCCCCCAUUGAAAUUCGCUAUUACCUGUGCUAAUUUUGUUAGCAUUCUGUUAGACGCCCAAUGUUUGUUUGUUUGUUUUUGCGCCGCCUUGUGUAUGAAGCCUGUAAUACCGUAAUAUCAGGGUAUGAGAAAAGGAUGGUAUGAUGUGAAAAUCUGGAUACUGCCCAACCCUACUGCAUGUUUGUGUUUGACAGAUUAUGGUAAGAGAUAGGAUUAAAGCUUGAUUACUCUUGUGUACUAAAUUGCUGCUCAAAGAUCAUGUGAAAUUUUAAGUUUUGUCAAAAGUCCUGAAUGUUGCUGUUGGCAUGAUGUUUUUCCACCAAUCUGUUAUUUGAUUUUUACCUCACUAUUACUUAAUAUAUUUUUCCAUCCAAUGACCACCCUUCAUAACCCAUAUACCUGAAUAAAGUGGAAGUCCAUUGUC